AUGACUACAAAAACACCCACCAUACCCCCCCAACCCUCCGCCCUCACCAACCUCAUCGCCUCCUCCACCACCCCCGAACCCUCCCACCCCCUCACCGCAAGCACCCUCCAAAUCCUCCACAACCUCCAACACCAACACCUCUGGACAUCGCUGCAGACACACGAGAUUGAACUUCCCGCGCCAUCCCAGCAAUCACAAGAUACCCCUUCCUCCUCCGACCCCUCCUCCACCGCCUCCACAACAACAACACAAUACCUCAUCUCAGGCAUCCCACCCCACCACGUCUACAUCCACCCCGACGAACAACUCUACAUGCUCCAGCGCGGCCUGCGCGAGACCGACAUCGAGCUAGAGCGGCUCUUCGUGCUCCCUGCCGUGCAGGGCCAGUCGUGGAGUCUGGCGCGGUUGGCGGCGGUGUUUGAUUCGUUGCCGGGGGGAGGGGAGCGUCCUGCUGCUGCUGGUACUGAUACUGCUCUGGAUGAGGGAGAGGGGAGUGAAGGCGACAAGGCUGCGAAAUUGGCAGAGUACUACGAAUACCGGGAAAAAGCGUCCCUCACGAAGGAGUGGGGCGGGAAGAGGAUCCUGCUGGCUAUGGCGGAUAGGAUGAUGGGUGGGGAUGGGACGGUUGUUUAUUAUGUUGUGCAGGAGGGGGCUGUUAAGCCGAGGCAGAAUUAA